AUGUCGUUUCCCAGGAGCCAGCCAGAUUGGAAUAAUCGUGAGGUUAUCCAUCGGAACACAUUGCCAGCGAGAGCCCAUUUCUUCUCCUACUCCACCGAAGAAGCGGCAUUGACGUUUGAACGCCAACUGAGUGAGUGGCGUUCGCUCAAUGGUACAUGGAAAUUUCGGCACGACCAGUCGCCUUUCGAGGCCCCAGAAUGGGUAGACCAAGAUCCUGCACUCUGGAGCGACAUCGCCGUACCUGGCAUGUGGCAACUCCAGGGAUAUGGGAGGCCGCUUUAUUCCAACGUCAACUAUCCUUUCCCAGUUGACCCUCCAAAUGUUCCACAUCUCAAUGAGACUGGCUCUUACUGGCGUCAAUUCGAUCUUCCACCAGAAUGGACCAGUCAUCAGGUUCGGCUUCGGUUUGAAGGCGUCGACAGUGCGUUUCACGUCUGGGUCAACGGGCAGCAGGUCGGCUAUAGCCAGGGAAGCCGCAAUGCCAGCGAGUUUGAUAUCACGGCAUACUUGAAGGCCUCUCAAAACACCUUGGCCGUCCGCGUCUACGAGUUCUGCGACGGAUCAUACCUCGAGCGACAAGACCAAUGGCUACUCUCCGGUAUAUUCAGAGACGUCUAUCUCGUCUCAUUCCCCCGAGACUGCAUCGUCGAUUUCAGCUCCAUUCCAGAACUAGACGACGCAUUUUCCACCGCUACCCUACGUACGAGCGUGAAGGUACAAGGGCAAGCGACCGGCACUAUUAUCCUCAAGCUCCGCGGUCCAGAUGGAUCCUUAGUCAGAAAGGAUAAUAUUGAAGCGUCUGGGACAAGCACAAUUCAUGUGUCGGGGACAGCUCUCAGGCUUUGGUCCGCUGAGGAUCCAGCUCUGUACACUCUCACUCUAUCCUUCAACGGUCGCGUAAUUCCCCAACGCGUAGGAUUUCGCCGCUCUGAACUGAAGGACGGCAACAUGCUCAUCAACGGGAAGCCUGUGAUUUUCUACGGCGUCAACAGGCACGAGCAUCAUCCGCGAUUUGGCAGGGCCGUUCCCUACGAAUCCAUGCGAGCAGAUCUGCUCUUGAUGAAGAGGAGCAACAUCAAUGCCGUCCGCUGUUCGCAUCAGCCAAAUGAUCCGCGCUUGUACGAGGUAUGCGAUGAAUUGGGUCUUUACGUCAUGGCCGAAGCAGACCUUGAAACACAUGGAUUCUUGACUAUUGAGAGAAACAACAUUUCAGCCAAGGAGGCUUUGUCCAUGACACGUACCCAAGUCAUGAUCCGGGCCUUUGCACUCUCGGCAAAAUGGGCGUCUGACAACCCUGAUUGGCGCGAGGCUUACCUCGAUCGCGCUUUGCAUCUCGUCGAGCGAUUCAAGAACUUCUCUUCCAUUGUCAUGUGGUCUCUGGGCAAUGAGGCAUCGUACGGCCGAAACCUCGCCGACAUGUACCACUGGGUCAAGAAAGCAGAUUCAACACGCCCGGUGCAUUACGAAGGCGACCGACAGGCGGUGACAGCAGACUUGUACAGUGUCAUGUACACGCCGGUUGAUGAACUGCGCAAACUUGCUUCCGAAAGGAUAGACAAGCCAUUAAUUCAAUGCGAGUUCGGCCAUGCCAUGGGAAAUGGACCAGGCGGCUUAUCCGACUACAUUGAGGCUUAUAGGGCUGAGAAGCAGCUACAGGGGGGCUUUAUUUGGGAAUGGUGCAACCAUGGCCUCCUAAAGAAAGAAGGCGACUUGGAAUACUACGCCUAUGGUGGAGACUUUGGAGACUACCCCAACGAUGGCGACUUUGUCCUGGAUGGCCUUACCUGGUCCAAUCAUACUGAAGGGCCCGGUCUGACGGAGUACAAGAAGGUCAUUGAGCCCGUCACAGUCAAGCUAGUUGGCCAGCAACUCGAGAUCACCAAUCACUAUGACUUCAGUGAUUUGAGCCAUCUGUCGGCGAUGUGGCACGUCGUGAAAGAGUCUGGCAACAGUGAGCCCACCAUCUUACAGCUGCCUGUGGUCAGGGCAGGGCAGUCCAAGCUCAUCGACGUCCCUUUGCCUCUAGAUCAGUACACCGAGCCCUCAUGGCUGGAGAUCAGCCUGCGCCUCAGAAACAACACGGCGUGGGCGGCGAAGGGUCAUGAAGUUGCCUGGAGUCAGGUUCCCCUGUACAAAAACGACCAAGUUCUUCGCCUCGGGCCGGUGCUUUCAGCAGAGCAGGGAGAAGCUACCAUUCGAGAACUGCCUGGGCGGCUGCUGAUAGAAUUCCCAUCGUCCAAGUCUUGCUUCAUCUUCGACUUGGUACGUGGGGGCUUACAGUGGUCUAGAGAAGCAGAAACCAUCGUGAACAGAGGGCCCGAACUUGGCAUAUACCGCGCUCUAACACAGAAUGACCUUGGAGCACGUGGUAACGGAGGCGAGUGGAAGAAGCUUUUCCUCAUGGCAACAAAGAUGCACAUCAAAAAGGCUGAAUGGAGAGUCGUCGAGGAUGGAGCUGUGAGCUUGAAUGUGUCGGUCAGGGUGGCACCUCCAGUUCUCGAGUGGGCAUGCGAUGCAACCAUGAGCUUCCACGUCACGGCGAACGGCCUAACAAUCCAUACAAAAGGGAGCUUCUCUGGAGCACACCCUGAAUUCAUUCCCCGUAUUGGUCUCACGCUGGCGCUGCCAAAAGACUACAGCCAGGCAACCUGGUUCGGACGGGGUCCUGGCGAGUCGUACCGUGAUAAAAAGGACUCGGCUCGAUUCGGCACAUGGAAUGCUUCCUUGGACCAGCUACAGACAGUUUACGAGUGGCCACAAGAGAAUGGGAACCGGACUGACGUGUUUUGGGCUCGAUUUCGAUCCGCUCAGAGUGGAACAUGCCUCGAGGCGCGCAUGCAGACGCCAUUCAGCUUCUCUCUGAGAAGGCAUACAACGGAGGAUUUAGACCAGGCAAGACAUCCGCAUGAGCUAUUGGAAGCUAAGGAUAACAUAUUGAACCUUGACUAUGUUCAGCAUGGCUUGGGGUCUGGCAGUUGUGGACCGCCGCCCUUUGAGCAGUAUCGUUUAUCUUCGACACCCUUUGAGUUUACCACUUCUCUCCAGCUAGUAUAG